ACGCGCGGAUUCUGAAUAUACUUAACCGGGAGUUUCUCUGUUUCCUCGACAUUACGACAUGGAGAGAGGGAAAAAACGCCCAAGACAAGAAAAAGAAGAAGCAGAAGAAGAAGAGAUCGAAACUGGGAGUAGCAAUGCCGAUCGUUCUCUUUCUCUCGAGGAAAAUCUUACUUUUAGCGAUACCUUGAUGGCGCUUCGCAUUAUGCGAGCUCAGUUUCCUCAUCUCGAUAAGGUUGCAAUUCAGCCAUUUGUUUUGCAGUCACAAUUGUAUAGCAGUGUGAAGGACAGAACACAGGUGGACCGGGAAUUAGAGUCUCUAAGGAGGGAGAAAGUAUUGCGCAUUUUCAAGCUAAGCACUGGACAAGAUGAUCAUGGUAUAAUGUUUUUGGAUGACUAUUUAAAGCAGAUAGAACGUGUCUUCAAAAGAAUGGAAGGAAAAGAUCGAGGUGAUAUGGAAGUUUUUAAGUGGUUUACCACACAUGUUGUUGAAUCCAAGCUGGAGCCUAGUAUUGGACAUCAAGAACUUUGUUCACUCUUAUCACUAGGGGGACAGGUGAAGGAUAGACAUGUUUCACUUUUAAUAAAUGCUGGCCUUCUUACACGGCAAUUGAUUGAUCCAAAUAUGUAUUGGUUUGCAAUCCCAAAUAUUGGAUCAUUGCUAAAAGGCCUCACACAGGGAAGAAAGGAACUUCUGUCAUUUUUAAACCGCAGAAAAUAUAAAGAGAUGAUGUUGGCCACUUUGGAAAAGAAGCAUCUUAGAUUAUCUUCUCUUGAUAUGAGAUUUCACCUUCGAGACUUGAUUGGAUCUGGUCACCUUAAAACUGUUCAUACACCAAGUGGUAUGGUUGUUCGGGUUUCAAAAGAUUGAAACUCCAGAUUAUACCAGCUUCAGGGAUUAUAUUUCUCCUCCAUUAGACUUCUAGCUCUUAAUGCUUUAUAUCACGCGUCAUUUGCAUGGUGAAGAACAUUAAUCAGGUUGGUGGACUGAGAACAAACAGAAACUGUUCGUCGGCAUAGAUUAAUGCAUCACCAUGUGAGUGCCUUCUCUAAUAGAAUUUUGUAUUUAUUCAUUCAUCUGCUAAAUUUCAUGUGAUCAAUCAAAUUAUGAUGCCACAACAGAAGUAUUUAUUCUCUGAAAAUGUUUUAAUUGCAUCUUGCAUAAUCAUGUAAUUGUUUUUAUCUCUCUACACUAUCAUCAAAAUAUUAUGAUUCAUUUUGAAAUUGGAAGACAGGGAUUUUAGUUCUAUGUUUUAGGUUAUUGGGAACUCAUAUGUAGAUGAAAUGAUAAUGUCAAUUUGGAGGAUUCAGUAAGGUUCCAGUGAGGUAAAUUUCUUAUUGUUAGGUUUAGAUUCUUGAAGUUCAGAGAGUGGGUUUGAAUUUUAUUUGUUGGGUAAUUUGUAACAAUAUUCUUAUCAGCAGUAAUUUGUCACAAUGAUUGUGGAGUCCAAUAUUAGAGUUAAAAAAAUAUCAAUUUAAGG